CGAAGGGUAGCAAUUUUCCUUGGCGGCGUCAACGUCCGGAUAACUUGUUACUCUGCUUCUGCUCUGCCAGUGAAGCUUUUUCGAGGCAAAGUCACUCUCCGUCGUUCGAAUUAAAGGUUCCAUCGUCGAAUUAGGGUUUAUGCGGAAUCCAAGUUUAUAGCGCUUAUCCGACAAAAAAAUGCCGAUUCAGCCUCCUAGUUUCGCGGCGAACGAUACUCUCUGUCACCCGAUUGCGUCGUUUCCGGCGGCUACGGUUCAUUUGCAUCGAUUCCCGAGGAGAUUUUCGGGAAAUGUGAACUGGGUUCGUGAAAGGCGAAGAAUUUUUCUGAAAGCGAGUGAUUCGGAAGCGAAAACGGAUGGAGCAGCACAGAAAUCAAGUAGUUUUACGGAAAACGCUGCUAUUUCUUCAUCAGAAUCAAGUGCCAAUGCAUCCUCCAGCUUCUUGUCCUUUCUCUGUCCUCUGCUUAAGCUUUUCUCUGGAGGAGACCCUUCUCAGAACCGCAACUAUGCUUUGGAGGUUGCAACUUCUUCCUUUGCAACAGCGGCAAGGCUUCCAUGGGGAUCCAGGGUAUCAGCUGGGAGUUCACGCAACCGAGACGCGUCUUCUAGUCCUCCUCUGCGUUUGCAGCUUUUUGAAUUUGAGGCAUGUCCGUUUUGCCGGAGAGUGAGGGAAGCCAUGACUGAGCUGGAUCUCUCUGUAGAAGUCUAUCCUUGUCCAAAAGGAUCUGUAAGACACAGAGAAAUGGUUAGAAGAUUUGGUGGCAGGGAGCAGUUUCCUUUCCUCAUUGACCCAAAUACUGAUACCUCACUAUAUGAGAGUGGUGACAUUGUGAAUUAUCUAUUUAAGCAAUAUGGAAAUGGAAGAAGCCCUUCUGCUGGGCUUUUGGAAAGCACACUAUUCACCGGAUGGAUGCCUACAAUACUCAGAGCAGGUAGGGGCAUGUCGCUGUGGGACAAAGCGAGACCAGAUCCACCUCCUGAAAUGCUUGAGCUUUUCUCUUAUGAAAAUAACCCGUACGCCCGACUUGUGCGUGAGGCAUUGUGUGAACUGGAGCUCCCCUAUGUGCUACGCAACGUCGGAGAAGGCUCAGUGAGGAUAAGAUCACUUCUAGAUGCUUCUGGAUCCAAUGAGCAGGUGCCAUUCUUGGUUGAUCCCAACACUGGCGCACAGAUUGGAGACUACCAGAAGAUCAUGGAUUACCUAUUCAAUACCUACUCUUCAGCUACAUCACCUGCAUAGUUUGAACACUAAGGUACAAGCCUUUAAGCCCUUUCGUUUGAGUGCCUCGAUGUUCUUCUAUGUUUCAAAUGACAAUGUUCCACGCUGCAUCAUGUACAUAUGGUUGUAUUUGUUGCCUCUUGUGUUAGUUGUUGGUGAUGAUUUCAUAACAUCAACACGUAUAUAAGCUUUGAUGUAAACAUUUUGGCAAAUAAAUAUUUUACAUUCAGUGAAAAGGAAACAAAGACAUUUUGA